AGAAGAGGAUGGAGAGAUGGAGGCAACGCAAGAGCCGUAGUGUGCGCUGAUCACACCAGUUUUUCCUUUCGUUUUCCAGCAACAAUCACAGCGAUGGAGGGGAAAGACGAGUUUUUGUGCGGGGUUGUUGAAGGUUUCUAUGGGCGGCCCUGGUCCAUGGAGCAGAGAAAAGUGCUGUUUCAGUGGAUGCAAAGAUGGGGUUUGAACACAUAUCUGUAUGGUCCUAAAGAUGACCUGAAACAUCGUUUGCUGUGGAGAGAGGUGUACUCCACAGAGGAGGAAGUCCAGCUGAAAGCACUGGUGCAUGAAGCUGAGUCGAGAGGGUUGAGGUUUGUGUACGCUCUGUCUCCUGGUCAGGACAUCGUCUUCUCUAGCUCCUCUGACCUCACACUGCUCAAGCGUAAACUUCGACAGGUGGCAGAUCUGGGCUGCCAGGCGUUUGCUAUUCUGUUUGACGACAUCGACCACUCUAUGUGUCAAGCCGAUACCGAGGCUUUCUCCUCAUUUGCACAUGCUCAGGUGUCUGUGACCAAUGAAAUCUUCCGUUUCCUGGGGGAGCCGCCUGUCUUCCUGUUCUGCCCCACUGAGUACUGCAGCUCACUCUGCUCUCCCAGUGUGUCAAAGUCUCCAUAUCUGCUGACAGUGGGAGAAGAUCUGCUGCCUGGCAUCUCAGUCAUUUGGACUGGAAGCAAGGUGAUCUCUCGAGAGCUGAGUGUUGAUUCACUGAAGGAGGUGCAGUCAGUGUUACAGCGCCCUCCCCUGGUGUGGGACAAUCUGCAUGCUAAUGAUUAUGAUUCACGUCGUGUCUUCCUGGGGCCUUUUAAGGGUCGUCCACCUGGCCUCCAAGCUCAUCUCAGGGGUCUGCUGCUGAAUCCUAACUGCGAAUUUGAAGCAAACUACAUCCCUCUACACACACUUGGGACAUGGCACAAAGCAGGGAAGGAGAAGAGAGAAGGUAAAGAGCAUCAGUACUGUCCAGAGCGAGCCCUUUCUGCUGCGCUGAAAGACUGGAUGACCGAACUGAACCAACCGCUACAGCCUGGACGGCAGAACAGGCCUAUAGACCACAAACCAUCUGCUCUCUCCUCCAAACCUAAACCUCCUGAAAGCUUAGACAAUCUGCAUGGAGCCCAGUCUAAAUCUUCAUCUACUGCUGGGGCUCAGGUUCUUUUUUCCACCUCUGUGCUGAAGGUCUCAGCUGAGAGUGAGAGUGAGGAGCGGGUCCCUGGAGGCCAAGGCUGGGAGAAGGCCUCAGGAAAAGGCCUGUGUGCUGGGAAAUCUCCACUCAGUGAGGCCCAAGUGCGACUGCUGGUGGGAUUAUACUACCUGCCACAUGAGCAUGGACCACCUGCCCAGAGCCUGCUGCAGGCACUCACCUGGCUCAAAAACCACUGUCAUUAUGUCAGUGUCAAUGGCAGCAGCAAGAAGAUGCAACCACAGAAGAUGGAGGAGUGGCGAGUGCGGGCAGGCCAGUUUCUGGUUGCAUGUGAUGAGAUUGCGGUUCUGCAUGGCAGUGUGGUGAACAGUGUCAACAGAGCUGUGCUGUAUGACCUUUACCCAUAUGUCUGGGACCUGAGAAACACGCUGCUUGUAGCCAAGGCCUUCAUCAGCUGGCUGGAGGGUCGGGUGAUAAGUGAAAGUUCUCCUUUGGGUUCCUGGAAGAACUGUUUUCAUUGGUGUGGAGCCUCAUCAGGGGCAGAGCUUCUCGGUGUGGAAGCAGAGCCCUGGGUAUUUAAAGGUGGGCUGUCAGGGGAAGUGCAGAUGCUUCUUCCUGUAGGCACCAGCAGUGAGUUGUUCAGCCACCCCCCUCCUCUCUUCCCCACCUCUCGUCUCUAUAACAUACGGCCCUUUCAGCACAAAGACAAGGUGGAGCUGUACCACAUGGUGUGUCAGCUUUAUCAGAAAACCAGAGGUGCUCAGGAUGUGACUGUGCUUCAUCCAGACUUCAUCGGUGACAGGUGUUUGGGUGCAUCUCUGGCCCUGUGUCCAGAGUACGGAUUUGUUCUGGAGGACGAACUGGGUGUGUGUGGGUGUGUUGCUGGCAUUCUGGAUGUACGCUCAUUUGUCAAGAGGUGUCAGGCCACCUGGCUGCCUGCUAUGAGAGACAAAUACCCCACACGUACAUAUCUUGCAAAUGGACACACUGCUCAGAAGGAGGCGCUGCUGAGUAUGCAUGAAGAGCAGGAUUACCCAGAUUCCCUGCUGUACCACUUCCCAUCCCAGCUUCGGCUUGAUGCACUGCCUGAACUGGUGGACUGCAGUGUCAGCAGAAGCCUUCUCACAGCCCUGCUCACAGCACUUAAAGCUAACGGUUCCCAGGGUGUGUUUUGUGAGGUGCAGCCCACAGACCGGCUAAGGCUGGAGUUCCUCACUAAGCUGGGUUUUCUGGAGAUUGUGAGGGGAGAAGCUCGCUCCACAGAGGGACUGAUCCUAGGCAGGCUGCUCUAAAGCCUUAACCAUCUUACAAACAAUAGCUGAUGAUAUAAUUGGACUUUUUUGGGCGGAGAUACAUGUUAAACAGCCCUUCAGUUUAAGUAAAGGUGUCAAGUUCAAGGAUUCUGAUAUAUCUUUCAACAUGUCCUCAUCCACUUCCCCCACUUUAGGUAUAAUACACAUCAAGGGCCAUUAUAAUACUUUAGGUCAAGAUAUGUUAGUUAAAUGACUAAAUCUCCUUUCUGGAGAGACAGAAAUUACCCAGAAUGCAUUGCAAUUUAACACAGAGCAAUAAAAUACUAUUUCCCAAAUAUAACAUUUGCUAUGCUGAAAUUGCCUUUUUAAUGUAGCCAGUACUUCAUCUAUAGAUGACAGCUGAUGUAACUUUAUUACUGUACUCAGUUAGCUGUCUAGUAAAUCAUGCUCUCCACUACACCCUCAAUCCCUCCUUUUGCAAGUGGCCACUUGUGUCAUGUAGAUAAUACAUACUUCCCUGUAAUAGGGAAAGUCAAUGAGGGCCUGUUGAAAGCAGCAUUGGAACACAGGGCUAUUUUGGGGCUGAUGAAGCACGUUGCCCAAAAACAUGCUGUUGACAGUCAACUGGCCACUGUGGCCUGGUUAGCAUGAUGCUAACUACUCUAUAAUAGCCUUUAAAUGACUAGCACCGUUAGUGUUAUGACUGGUGCAUUCCUUAAAAGCGAUGAAUGAAAUUUAUUCGCAAAUGAUUAGUACCAUUUAACAUCUUUACAAGAGCUGUUUGUUUAAAGCCGCACCAUAGCACUUAGCAGAAAAGUUUAUUCAAAGAGGGUUUAGUUCUAAGCUAGUUAUUUCAAGUAUGAGGUCUUUUAUUUACCUUUCUGUUUAGACCUGUAUUGGUAAAGAGCCUACCAGAAGAGAGGUGUGCAGUGGUCUGUAAUUUUUUUCUUCAUGUAGCCUGGCAGUGUCCAUGUUUUUGUUUCUGCUAAUGAGUAGGCUGACAGUUACCUGUGUCCUGUGGUGUAGUCAAUCUGAAUCUAUGGAAUCUGUAGAAAAUGAAGAAUUAACUAAUCAAAAUUCUUCAGAAUGUACCAUAAGAAAGUGAGCAAUCAGAUUGUGUUCCAUUUGUCCAAACUGAUUUUGGACAUAUGGAACACAAUCUGAUAACAGGUUUUUACAUAAACCUGAUAUGAUGACAUUAAAUGUGUUUACAUAGACAUGAUUGUAUUGUGCUUAGCAAUUAUGGUGCUAAAUUAACAGAAUGGCAGUUUUCUGCCAUGCUGCAAUCACUGAAGAAUAUUGCUAACACAUUAACAAUGGUGUGUAACAGGAGAAAAUAUUUUAACAAUUUUAAACAUAAGUGUCACACCUAACAGUCAGGUUUUGCAGUUAGUUUCUAAAAUUUCUCCCAUUUACCAUUUUCCGGUAAUGAUCUUUGUCAAAUAAGAAAUUCAAUAUAGAAGUAGCGCUGAGAGCAAAUGUUGGACUUGUUGCAGUACAGCUAUACGAAGCAGUUACACUGAUCUAGGGCAGAGACUCGGCUUAUGUAGGUUGAGAUCUACAACACGAUGAUGAGUGCAAUGGCCUUGUUGGCAGUAUUAGCAUGAAAUUGGAAGCUUUAGAAGAUACUUUGUUGGAGCAGAUGCGGAGGUGAGAGAGCUGGACGAACUAAAGGACUGAAAAAGUGUUGGUGGAGCACGGUGCCUCUAUCAACAGGUAGUCAAAUGUUCAUUAAAAAGAUAAUCAUUCAAGGCCAUUUUUUCCCUCAAUACCAAAAAUACACUUAGGUCCACUAUUAUUAGAAGUAUGCACACAGGAACACACUGGAAAAUAGCUUAUGUAUACACUGAGUUUAGCCUUGACUACACCACAGACUGGGUAUAAGUUUACUCCCUCCUUCCCUGAUGGGAGGCCUGAUUCUAUUUCUGUGCCUCUGCUCAUUCAGCAAACAUGACCUGGAAACUCAGGCUACAGUAUUUCUUUUUUAAAUAUAUGAUAGUUCUAUUGCAGUUUGGUAGGACCUACUCUAGUCCUUUUUUUGGAUUAAACUGUAGAAUGCUGGUCUCCACAGAUUUGACCUGCUGUGUAACCUGGUCUGCACACCUGCUUAGAUUGUUAAAAGAUUGUUGAUGAAUAACUGCCAUAUUGCCAUCACUAUAUCACACCUGAUCAGCUUGAUUCAAUUCAGCACAUUUCUUUCUGUUGUUUUUUUCACUAAACCUGCACUCUGUACAUGUUUUAUAGCUUUAGUGAUAAUGCUCUGUAGCUUGUUAUGAGUGACUGCAAGCUUCUGUAAUUGACUUAGGAGCAUAAAGCACAGUGACUAGGCUACUGUAGAUGGCGUUUGAAGGAUAGCACUAUUCUCACUGUCAUUCACUGUACACGCACACAAAACACACAGACAUAUUUGCUUAGCACUUAAUUCUUAUUCUGAAAACAGGUAGAUGCUCAGCUUCUUUCACACACACACACACACACACACACACACAAAGAGCUUGCACAGUAUGAAUAGUCUCGGCCUCCUUGUAGCAUGAAAAAUUAUUGAAUGACAUUAUACGCUUUUUAUACCUCCCCUUUUCCGUGCAGGAUACACACACACACACACACACUGUAUAAAUAUCUCUGUGAAAAAAAAACUCGCACCUUCAACCCCUUAACUGCAUGCAGCGAUACACCAUCUCAUACACUAGAUCACAUUAUUUCACUCCUUAUGGUUGUAGGUUGGCAGAAAGUCAUGGCAGAUUGAUUUUUUUUUGUCUGACAAUAGGUCAUGUUUUGUUGGAUAUUUGCCCUUUAUCAUUACAUCACAUUUAAAGUAUAUUAUUUUUUUUGCAUGUCUAUAUUUUUAAAAUUGUGUUUCUGCUAACUUUUGCACUACUCUGGCUGGUUGGAAUAUAGAUUUGUUUAAUAAAAAGCCCACAGACUGGGCUGCUAAGGUUGCUAAUAUUUGAUGUAGAAUAUUUUAUGUUGGAUGUUUUUAAAAACUAUGUUUGAUUUAGUUUUUUUUUGUACUGGAAUGAAGUCUGUUUACAACACCAUUAAAAGCUUUUUUGGUUUUGA